CGUAAGCGCGUCACCCUGCGUGCUUCUGAAACAGAACAAACCUAAAGAGCAAAGAAACGACUUCUCGGCGAUCCAGAAAGCAAAAAUCACAGCAGCCAAAUGGAAAUGGCUCUCGUCGUACCAGUACUGAUAUAUAUACUCCAAAGUCCCAACCCAAACAUUUCCCUAUGAUCCACUUUCUCACCACUCCACCAAAAAACAACACAACACUUUCUGAAAACUAACAAUGGCUGCUGCAACAAGAACCACAGCACUGAGCAUAGCCAUAAUGUUGCUCACCAUGCAGCUUCUUCUAUGGGCCGGUGGAUCCACGGCCCAGUCGCCGGACUGCUCGGACGCGCUCACCGGCCUGAUCCCCUGCCUCGGCUACAUCACCGGCGGCUCCUCCGCUCCCGCAACGACCUGCUGCAUCCAGCUGGAAAAAGCUGUUCGCUUGUUGCCCGUAUGCUUGUGCCAGGUUCUCAACAGCGGUGGAGCUUCAGUUGGCCUCCCUGGCUUCAACCGGACGCGAGCUCUGGGGUUGCCUGCUGCUUGUAAUGUCCAGACUCCACCCGUGAGCCGCUGCAAUGCUACUUCUCCAAGUGCUUCCCCAGAGGGAAGCCCAGUAGCAGAGGCUCCUAUUUCUCCAGGAGGUGUGCCAGGAAGUGAUGACAGCUCAGAUGGGAGCUCAAUCAAGGCGUCAACGUCUUUGCUGCUCGUCUUCUUCUUCGCCAUGGCAGCCUCGUACUGUUCCUCUGCCUCCAUGGGAUACUGAUGCUUUCCUCUGACCAGACAGAUUGAAGCCAAAACUGUGUUAUCGUAUAACGUAUGCUUAGGAUUGAAUAAUUGAGAAACUGUACUGAGGAGUGAGUGUGUGAGUUAUCUGUGUUUGUAAAUCGUGUAUUGAGGUUACAAAAUGUUCCCAUAUUUGCAAUGAGAAGGCUUAUUCAGUUAUUCCGUUGAUGAUUGUGUAUUUCUACUCCGCCACCAUUAGCAUAUACUGCUGAUUGAUCAAGCUAAUUACCACAAGAAGCAACCGUGCUAAAGAAGGGAAAGCUACAAAUACAGGGGAAACAGGGGAGAGAGUAAAGUUCCACCUUGUGCAAUGCAGCCAAGUGAUUGCCAUUGGAGGAGAUGGAUAAACACGCGACGGCAAGCUGUAAUUUGAUCACAAAUUCACAUGACAUCCUGAUAUCGCUUACAAUAUUUUACUAAACUGACAGCAAGGAGUAAAGUCGCUGCAUGAACCCCCCCAAGAUCAUGGUCGCGAACAUAGAUCCUUCAGCCAUGAACUUGCCCGCGUCCCCAAACCUCUAUAAUAGGGGUCUCUUCUCCUUGAGCAGAGUUUCUAUUUGUAGAUUUCUUGUUCUAGAGUGAGGUUAGAGAGAGAAGUAGAAGUUUGGAGAAGAAGAGGAGGAAAAGAAAUGGAGAAGAGGUUUGGAGGAGGAUUUCCGACACUUGAAGACCCUUCUUCAUGAUUUUUCUCAUCUUUUCAUGUCUUUUCUUCCCCACUUCAUGAGGUAAUCCCUCAAGGUACUUUGGGGCUUAGCCCCCUAAACGCUAAUCUAGGGUUUGAUAUGUAAUAGGAUGUUGGAGGCUAGAUUUGUGAAUGAUUAUGAACCUAAUUAAUUACCUAUAUAUAUUUGAAGAUUGUCUUUCUUUAUAUCAAGUAGAAUGAGAUUGUUUGUAUCCCAUUUGCCUAGUUGCAACCUAGGUGGUAGGUGAUUAUUUAUUCUCUUUCUUGUGAUUUAUGGAUGAAUUGAAUUUUCCUAGAGUUUUUAUGCUUCACCUAUGAUGAAUUAUGCUUGGGUUCCAAUUCAUUUCACAGUGGCGUACUACUUAGGAGUGCAUGAAUUAGAGUGGAUUUGAGCGCCUUGGCAUGUUAGGAAUAGAUGAAUGAUCUAGGAGUUUAGUAUGUCGAGUGAGUGACCAUGUCUCGAUGGACUAAUGUGUGGAUGUAUAGAACCCAUUUAGAGGAGAUAUGUUUUAUCCCUACAAUGUGAUGCUGAGGUGACAUUGGGCUAGUGGAUCAAUGUAGGAAUGAGAUUGGUUGCAUGCCCAUUGAGCCAAUCUCUAGAUUAGAAAUCUCCUCACCUCAAUCACCAUGGAUAAUCAUUAUGUCCUUUGCAUGUUAUCUGUAGCAGUUAGGGUGAGGGAGACAGCCCAAGUACCUCUUCCCUCUUAUCGUUCUCUAGUCCAUUAAUUGCCAACUGCCCACCUGCUAAGUAACAUGUCGACUAGAUUAGAACCAAGCCUAAGUAGCCUAGGAUUUCGUGACCUUUAAAAUACGACCUCGGUCACCACUAUAUACUUCGUCGAUCUAGGGUGAACUUGUCCGAGAUUGGGUGGUUAGUAUUAUCGAUAGUCGAGUUUACAAGCUCGAUGCAGCGACUACAUCAAGUUUUUGGUGUUGUUGCCGGGACCACGAUAACUAGUUGAAGGAGUUAGGUUGUUAGUUUAUUCUUACUUAUUUGUUUAUAUUCGCAAUAGUAGUAUUUCGUAGUAGUAUGACACUUUAGUAUCUUUCUUUUGUUUAACUUUAGCGGUUUGUGUGUGUUUUCUUUUGGUUUUGUGUUUCAAUUGAUUUUGAUUACCCACCCUUCUCCACGAAAAGUGGUUUGUGUUUGUUUGAUUUUGUUUUUGUGUUCGUAGUAGUUGAAACAUGGAUCCCUAUGACUUCAAUCAAGUGUGGAGGUAUCAAUCAUCCAAUAAUCCACUAAAUGAUGUUUCCUUGGGACUUCAAGGAGGAAUGAAGACCAAGGAACCCG